GUGGAGAUCUGUCCGAAGGCCUGGCGCGGGCACAUGGUCAACGUGAACAACUUCUUCUUCACACUAGGUGAAGUCUAUGCAGCCUGGUUGCUUUGGGCCUUCUUGAAAGACUUGAAGCAAACCAGUGACGAGGAGAGUUGGCGCUACGUCACAGCACUGGCCGUCAGUCCGGCCCUGCUAAUCCUGCCCUUCGCCGUGCUGCUCUUAUACGAGUCGCCGCACUACCUAGUUGUUUGUGGGAAGCACGACCAG